AACCUUUUCGCGGGCCUAAUCCGGCCCGUGGGCCGUACGUUUGACACCCCUAUUUUAAGCGCUAAUAAGAGCCAAACAGUAUAUUUUACCAGGACAUGUGCAAUUGUGUGUUUACUGUAUUUUGUGACUUUGCAAGAUUUUCUUUUAUUCCCAGGAGGCUCUUUUUAUUUUUUUUUACACGUCUUUGUAACACAUUGCGUUGGAUUUCUCGCCUUGCGUCACUUGUUUGCACUGCACGAUGACUUUGCACCAGGACAGUAGCCUGAGGGCUCAGCUUCAACAAUGCAACAGUAAUGUCAGGGCCCUGAUGCAACUAUUGUGAGCACGCUAACGUCCCGUAUGAUUUAUUCAUGAGAGGAGGCUGAGAAGGUGCAACGCCACCACCUGGCCCAACCCAAAUGGUGUGUGUGCGUGUUUUUUAUUAUGCUACUAAUGCACAGAAAGUUCCAGUUACCGCAGAGUGCUGCAUUGUCCUUUAAGGUAAGCUCAUCAAUUUAAAUGUGUUUCUGUACAGCCCACCUGACUACCAUUCCUUUUUUUCAGCGCUGCCAUGUUCAACUCUACCUUGAACUUCACCAGCACCAGAGGACCUCCACUUUGGUACCAGUAUGAAGUGUGCGCCGUAGCACCAUACGGCUUCAUUUUCUACUACGGCGUCAAGGUGUUCAACCUGGUGGUAGGCACUCCCUGCAACGGGCUGGUCAUCUGGCAGAUAGCCACCAGGAAGAGGGACGCGUCCACCUCCGACAUCUUCAUCCUCAACCUGGCCUUGCUGGACGCCUACUUCUGCCUGAUGAUGCCCACCGAGCUGCUCAACAGCCUGCUGCUGGACAACACGUCCAUUAAGUACGUGCAGAGGUUUGCGUACGGCGUCAAGGACACGGGGGUGUUUUUCCUGGUGUGUAUCUGUCUUGACCGCUACACGGCCGUGGUGCACCCCGUACUGUUCACCGGCAUCCGACACAACAAAAUCCGCAUCGGUAUAUCCGUGGUGGUCUGGGCCCUGAUCAUAGCCUACGCCCUGGCCAAGUCUAUCCUGGGAUCCAGGAGCGUCAACCCUAUCUUCAGCGGUGUCAUCCUCUUCGCCUUCACAGUCAUGGUCCUGUGCAACAUCUCCAUCAUCUGGAUCCUCCGUCGCUCUGUGACGGGUAAAGAGGUGAUGCACCCGGUCAAGAAAAAGGCCCUCAAGAUGGUGCUGAUCAUCCUGGCCAUCAUCGUGGUCAACUACCUCCCGCCGGUGCUCAUGGCCUUUGCGCCCUACUACUCCAUUGUGGAGUUCCGCUGCCAGAUCGGCAUCAGCGUCUACUCCAUCAUGGACCUGAGCUGCAGCAUCGAGCCGCUUCUGUACGUCACCAAGAUGGAGUGUGCGGGGGCCAAGUGCUGUGGAUGCUGUGUUGCUAGGAAACCACACAAUGUCAGUGUCUGAAGGCUUAAUGUACAUAAGAUUCAUUAUUACCCGUUGUCAAAUCCUGUUUUUCCCCUUAGAAUUUCUAUUUUACACACUUGAAAUGUGAACUUUUUUUUUUUUAAAGAAAAUCCUGUUUUUCCCCUUGUAAAAUAACUAUUUUAAACACUUGAUAUUUAGGUUCUGCAGCUGACACAUAAGAUUUACAAUGUGAAUGAGAUUGACUACAGGGUUGGAAAAGCAUAUAUUUUAUUCACUAAUAGUACUAAAUAUUUAUUCACGCAAAACUUAAUUAAAAUGAAUUACAAUGCUGACUAGGGAUGUCCGAUAAUGGCUUUUUGCCGAUAUCCGAUAUUCCGAUA